AUGGAGGCUCAUAUUGAAUAUAACAAUGUUCUUUUUCGGGAGGAUACAUACUGGAGGCAGAGGGCAAAAACUCAUUGGCUUCGUGAAGGUGACCUUAAUACUCAGUUUUUCCACCGGUCUGCAACAGUUCAGAGGAACUACCAGCGUAUUCAGAUGCUUACAGAAGAUGGGGGAGAAGAGAUUCGUGACCAGGAGGGUAUGUGUGGUAUUGCCAAAUUGUAUUUUGACACUUUAUUUGAAGUUAGAACAGGUGUGUACGAGCCGGUUUUAAAUUUGAUUCAGCAUGUGAUUUCGAACAAUGACUACGUCCUUCUUACAGCGCCUAUUGUAAAAGAAAAGCUUUAUCAGGCUCUAACUCAAAUGCACCCUGAUAAGUCUUCGGGUCCGAAUGGAUUUAAUUUGGCUUUUUAUCUGAACUUCUGGGAAAUAUGUGGUGAUAAUAUUUUUAAUGAAGCUAAGUUGUGGUUGAAUAAAGGUUUUUUUUAUCCGGAUAAGCUUAAUGAUACCAUUAUUUUCCUUAUUCCUAAUUGUGGCAAUCCUACUAAUAUGAAUGAUCUGCGUCCGAUCUCCCUAUGUAAUAUGGUCUAUAAAAUUGUAUAA